GUGAAAGACAUGCAUUAUGAGGCGCAAGUCCAGUGCGUCAUCAACUAUUGUGCACAUUUCCUAAAGCAGAAGAUCGAGAAGACUGAGGCGAGGGAUUUGAAGCUGACCCGAGAGCAAUAUUUACAGGUUCCUGCGUGGUGGUGUCGUAAUGACACCGUGUGCUGGGAGCGCAUAGUGGACAAGUGGUUCGACCCCGAGUGGCAGGCUUUGCACGACGCUGGCCGGCAGCGGCGAUUGCUGAUGCCAGGUCCAGCGCACCAUCAAGGCAGCCUCAACAACGACGAGUACAGGGCUAUAUGGUCGUCCUCACAUGAAGGCCAGGAGUGCACCCCGUUCGUGGGAUGGGCUCUGGCCCGCAAGGGCAAGGCGACAUCCAACGUCACCUACAACCCUGACGACCCGCCCUCGGCGUACAGCAACCCGUCCGUCCACAGUUGUAUCCAGGUGUACACAGAGAUGGGAAGACAGGUCCAUGGGCCAGACUGGGAUCCGAGGACCCAGCCCCUUGAUGGAGAAGUCAUUAUGAGGGUGAGAGGAGGCAAGAAAUAUGGGCGCUACAACAUUGGCGAUGGCCUUGUAGACACGGCCGGCACUCCCACCCUCUCCCAGAUUCGAGCGAGGAGCACGGCCAAUAGCCCGGCCAUACGCCCACGGCUGUCCGUGUCGCAGCUCCAACACCAAAUGCAAGCGCAACAGGCGGCGUACGAGGCGGCGCUGGCCGAAGAGAGGAGGAUACGACAAGAGAACGAGCAUAAGCAGACGGCCGAGAUGGCCCAGAUGUACAACUACAUUCGAGGUCUUUCUGUCCAAAUGGUAUCAAAUUGGGCGGUUUUGACAGCUCGGAUGGCUGCUGCGGCGGGGGCGGGUUCAGCUGCCACCGCGGAGCUGCAGAUUGGGGAGGGACACGCGCCGGACAAGUCCACGGUCGAUCGAAAUGCUGCCGUGGAUGAAGUGGUGGUGAAGGGGGAGAAUUUGGGGGGUACUGCAAUUAAGGAGCCGGCCGCUGGCUGCAAUUCGAUUGCUGUGUGUGAAACAGCAAUUGAUAGGGAAAUGGUGGCGGAUUGUGGUGAUGCCCCGGAGGUGGAGAAAUUGGCGGGCAGGGAUGAGGUGGGAAUGUCGGAGCGGCAGAGGAGGAGGAUGACAGAGGUGUUUGUUGGUGGGCUCAACAGGGACGCCGAGGAGGAUGUGAGAGCGGCGCUUGCGGAGGCGGGGAAGAUCACCGAGGUGCGGAUGAUAAUGGAUGCCGGGAUGAAGAAGAACAAAGGCUACUGCUUUGUGCGCUACCAUGAGGCUGCACAGGCCAGGAAGGCCAUUACAGAGUUUGGCAAUGUUAAGAUUUGUGGGAAGCAGUGUCGAGUUGCAGCUCUGGAGAGGAACGAUAAAAUUUUUCUAGGAAAUUUUGACAAGAAAUGGAAGAAAGAAGAUAUCAUGAAGCUACUACAGAGAAUUGGAGUUGAGAACAUUGAUGUUGGACGCUUAUGGAUGACUGUAAUAACCCAGGCUGUAAUCGUGGGUUUGCAUUUCUUGAACUUGAGACUUAUAGAGAUGCACAGGUAGCAUACAGAAAGCUUUCAAGGAAAGAUGUUUUUGGCAAGGGUUUAAAUAUAAGAGUUGCAUGGGCUGAGCCAUUGGAUGAUCCAGAUGAAAAACAGAUACAGCAGGUCUCUUUCUCACAUACUUUUGUUGGUGUCCUUU